AUGCGACCCUGCGCCCUCUGCUGUGUACUUCUUGCGCUCUGCGCACGACUGGCUACGUGCUCCGUCUGGAGCUGCUGCAACGGAGACUGGUUCGAUCCCAACUGCUGGGACUACAUGCCGGGAAGCAGUGACGACGCGCAGUUCCAGCUGGCCAGUAACUGCAAUGUGACCUUCAGCAACGCGUCUGUGACUGUUGGAUCGAUCACGCUGUCUCUGUCAAUCUCCGCGCCAAUCCCUUCUUCUCCGCUGCAGCUGUGGUUCGUCAAAGCUUCCAGCUUGCAAGAUAAGCCGUCGCUCACCGUGCAGACUAUCACAGUCGGGAACUACAUUGCGCUCACUGCACUAGCGCUCAACAUCGCUGCAAGUCAGCAGGUCACGACCUCCUUUCAGUCGCAGCUCGUCUGCUACGGCUCCAACAUCGGAAGCUCAAGCUGCGCAUCCUGUGCACCUACAGGAACUCUGACUGUCGCUGGGCACAGCACGUUUUUGCUCAAGCCCUUGAGCGCCCUGGACACAGUCUACCUCACCAUGAAUAUCAAGAACUCCGGCAGCAUGCAAAUCAACGGAGGCCAAAGCGUCUACAUGUCAGGGAACCUGGUCAACAGCAACAAGCUGUAUCUUCAAACCUCCAAUUUCAUCCCUGCCGCCUACAGUAGUUGGAAGAAUGAUGUUACGGGGACCAUCACUUUCUCCAACGAUGGCUCCUCGACCAAGUACUACAUGAGGUUUAUGUCUGCCUUCAACAACUCAGGCACCGUUCAGAUCGACGCUCCCUGCACGGUGGUAUUCGCGGGUGGGGGAACCAACACAGGGCUUCUGGGCGUAGACGGCUCCUUAAACGUGACCAACAGUUACAACUUCGUCUCUAACACGAUGCAAGGCAGCGGCUCUGUGUAUCUCCAGUCGAUCAACAGCGUGCUUCUUGCAGGAUCAUGCGGCAGCUCCAUCAAGCUCUUUGUCCAUGGGCCCACCACCAUUGCCCAGCUCUUCCAGGUCAAAGCUGGAUGUACUGUGACGAUGGGGGCGACAGAUCUUUUCGCCGGAUCCCUCAAGGGAGCAGGCGUGUCUGCUUCCUCGAUAUCCGUCUUGAGCGGAGGGGUCUUUGGAUCUGACGGGUCGACUGCCUGUAGCAUCUCGUCGCUGACUCUGAGCAACGCCGGGAAUGUAGCGUUGCUCAGCAUGGCGUUUGCGAGCCAGACUAUCAUCUCAAAUCAGGCUCAAGGUGUAGUAAGCCUGACAGAGACAAGACUGCAGGAUCAAGCGUCGAGCCUCCUCCUGACCAAUGCGGGCGAGCUCGUCAUGACGGCAAGCGCCUUCAGCUCCGUACAAAACUCUGGGCGAGUCAUCAUCAUCCAGUCAAGCUCCUUGUCGCUCGCCUUGUCCUCCACGGCUUCCUUCAUGCAGCAAUCAGGUGUCGUUGCCACAAUCGUCAAUAACGCCAUGAGUGCCAGUGUGCGAGUAGCUGCUUCACCUGGGUAUGGUGGGAGUCCAAGCUUCACGUUGUCAGGAUACGCUGAGCUUGACCUCCUUCCUGGAACAUCCUGGAUCUCGCUGUCGUCCAACACUUCCGUUUGUAGUCUGGAGAUGAAGAAUGUCGUCCAGGCGUCGAUGGCGGACUCAACCCAUGGCUGUGAUGUAUCAUUCUCCUACACGAGCUUGAGGUGUGUCGGUGAGUGUACGUUCCUCGGGGCGAUCUCGAUAGCCAACACGUCUACCUUCCUGGGCAACGGCACGGUGAUCUCGCACAGCUUCUCCUUCGGUCCGGUGGCUGCAGGCCAGGAGCUAGUGAGCGAGGCUCCGUUCCGCAACGUCGGGUCUUGCGUCGCUUGCGGAGGAGUGUUGACGCUCCGUGGAGGCUUCGUCCAGGUCGGAGAAGCCGCUGUCCUCAAUCUCUGCGGGGGGCAGCUGCUGGGCAAUGUGAGCAUUGUACAAGGUUCUCUCUUUCCGGGCGGCAGCAUCGUGGGAGACGUGGAUCUAGGAGGACGGCUGACGUUUGGGGAGAACAUGAGUCUCAACGUCGUCGGCUCCUUCAGGUCAACGAGCACGAGCCUCAUCUCGCUCUCAUUCGAGCUGACUAACUCGGCGACCGCCGGCCUGAUCGCGACGCGAUCGAACCUGCUCAAUGUCACGCAGGCGCUUGAGCUGAGCGGCAGGGUCUCCUCCAACUGGACGUGGAUCGGCCCUGCCAGCCUCAAUCUGUCCUCUCCGAUUUUGUUUCUUGCAGCAAGCUCGCUCACGGCUUUGACCAGAGGAGAGCUGGCGGUUGAGAUCAGGCAGUUCGAUCCGCAGACUCUGCUUCCUCUGUUCACGGACAAGCAGAUGUUGUUUGACUUUCAAGGCUGUCCCGACGGCACCACCGGCACCUACAUGUGCGACGGAUGCUCUCCAGGGACCUUCUCACGCAGAAAUGGCUUCGCCCCUCUCCAGUGCGAGUCCUGUCCGGCAGGCUCGUAUCAGUCCAACGCUGGUCAGGGGAGCUGCAGCCCGUGCAUGCAGGGGCAGUAUCAGAACACGACCGGGUCGUUUCAGUGUAUGGAGUGUCCAGCAGGGUAUGUGCAGGCCAGCACGGGCUCGACUUCGUGUACGGCGUGUCCUGCAGGCUCGUACCCAGAUUCUGGUUCGAUUCACUGUUUAUCCUGUCCAGCAGGACAUCAUUAUGUUUCACCAGGAGUUUGCCGAUCAAAUGUUCCGGAGAAUAUGGUCAAUCAAUCUCAAGUCAUCAAUAGCAAUACGACUAUCCUUCUCACUAAUGUGUCCCACGAUUUGCUAAAUUUGUCUGUUACCUUGAACAUGUCGAAUGAGCUUGAAAGGGUCUCGCCAGUGUCUUCGCGUCCUCUCUCUCCCUCGACUUCGCCUUCACAGCAAACAGUUCAUGCGUUUUCUGAUGGAAUGAUCUUUGCUGCUACAUUUUCUCUGCUUGGUUUUGGCCUCGGAUUGUUUGGUCUUUGCAAACUAAGAACGUUCGGAAGAUGCAGAAAAAAACGGCCCUCAGCAAGGCAGGAUGACCAGACGUCACCUCUACGUCAGUUCGACCUGGACAAGGCCUUGCUCUUCUCUACACAGAACACAGAGCUCCUUCAGACAACGUCACACUUGGGCUUUGAUCAUUGCCUCAAGAUCGUCUCGGAUGAUGACGUCACCAUGACGAGCGCCUUCUCUAUCCCCCUGCCGGGCAUGAGAGCUCAUGAUAACAGCCAGGGCAAGUGCUACAAGGCAACAAGCGCCGGCCAUCUGGUCAGCUGGAAGGAGUACAAAGACAGUGAGGGCCGAGGAUUGUAUUACAACCAGAACGAGACGCCUAACGACGUCCACGAGUUACAGCAGUACAGAGGAGAAGAAGAUGCGGAGCAAACACUGUUCAAGGAGGAGGAAACCAUGUUGACAGUCCUUGCUCAUGGGGAGAUCACAGCAUACGAAUCUGAGACAGAUACCAAAGAACAAUCACAUUCAGAUGAUGAGAGCGAGGGCCAUAUCGACCUAGAUGUCGACGAAGAAGAUGAAAGACAGCAGGAGGGAUCUGCUCAUGAUUUUGAGGGAAAAUCAGAGAAGGACAAUGAGGAGUUUUCCGAGGGCGAAAGCAAGAAAGAGAGCGAGUUUGACGAGGAAAAUCAGAGUGAAUUACGAGGAACCCUCGAAGAUCACGAAAAAAACCAGGAACAAUACACGAUCGAACAAUAUCAGUUUGAUGUUGUCUCGACUUCCGCAGCAAGCAUACGGGAGCAUGAAGACUGUGCAGCGGAGGAGAGCCGAGAGGGCCACGAGCAGACCUUCGGCUCCGAUGACCUUCGAGUCAACAUUUUAGACGCGAGUGAGAAGAAGGCAACGAGGAAGCGAUCUCUCAAGGAGGGGGUGGCAAACUUCUUGGAUCAGAUUCGUAACUUCAGUAAGGAUCAUCUACGGAGUUCUGUCCGCAGACUGUCGAGGAGCAACAAGGGUGAGAGCGAGCAAAUCAACCGCAACAGCUCGGUAAAGGGUCCAGCACCGACCAACCAACCUAGGAGGCAACUCAACGUGGCGGCCUUGGCAGGUUUGCAGGCAGCGCUAUCUCGGGCAGCGAAGGCUUCCGGCAAUGAAGACAACAAGGAUGCCGAGUGGACCAGUGACGAUGAAGGUUAG